AUGUUUCAGGUGGGUCAGACACUUAAAGGACUUGAGCCAUUCGACAGUGACCCCGGAGACGGACGUCUUGAUGAUCACCUUGACCUUGUAGACUUGACAUCUCAAAUGCCGUUCCUCCGUGCGGAAGUGAGGGCGGCUCAGGAACUCGGCAGAUGA